ACGCAAAGACACUCUAAUUCAGCGCUUAACCAGAAAUGAUGUUUUAUUAACAAAGUUCGGGAGAAGCCGGAGCACAUAAUCAAACUCGGCCGGUUCACCAUUGGCAACCACGUCAUCUAUCCAAACGAGUUUCGUUAACAAAAUUCAGGUGAAGCCGGAGCUCAUAAUCAAACCCGGCUGGUUCGCUACCAGCAAUCACGAUUUUCACCCUAUCAGCUCAAGCGAGCCUCCGCAUAAAUAAGACCAGAAUUCUUACAUGCGCCUUCUCUACAGUAAUGCAACAUCCCUCCACCUCCCCGGCCGAUCUCCCCGAACUCGCUUUCCACAGCAGGACCCCGGGGGGUGAGCUCUGGGUUCGGGCCAUUUCCGAGCUCGGCGCACUCGCCCCCAUCAGGGGGGGAGUGUUCCGGGGUCGGAAGGAAUCGGCGAGCUCGGAGCCCGCCCCCUGGACAGCACGCCAAAUACGCAUAUCUUACCUACCCCUGCUAUCAGCAUUUUCCUGACACCAUUAUUAUUAUUUGCCUAGGCGAACUCGUGAAUACAAAUAUGAGCAGACAUGAACGGGUUCAAAAAGGAGGACAGCCAAACUCCGACAACAGCGAUGAAAAAGACUGGGCAGCUGUCAAAGCUUUAUAUGACGAUUUGAAAACAACCAAGAAGCCCCGUCCGCCCAAACCCAGCAACGCUGUAACGAUUGCUGUGUCCUCUCGUACGCUGUUUAACAUGGUGAAGGAGAGGAAGGUGUUUGAAGAUGAGGGGCUGGAAAGGUACGUUAUGCAUCAGCUGGAGCUCGAGGAUCAGCCGUUCACACCGGGGAUCGCUUUCCCUUUCGUAAAGGCACUGAUGAAUGUAAACGCUCGCUUGCGGGAACUGUACCCAGACAGCGAGGAGUUGUUUGAUAUUGUGCUGGUGACUAAUAACCACGCCCAGGUCGGAGUUCGCCUCAUCAACAGCAUCAAUUACUACGAUUUAACUAUUGAGAGAUUUUGCAUGACGGGUGGGGAGAGUCCAAUUGGUUACCUAAAGGCCUACAUGACCAAUCUCUACCUGUCUAAAGAUUCAAAAAAGGUGCAAGAAGCCAUCGAAGAAGGAAUAGCAGCCGCUACAAUGUUCACCUGUGACAAUGAGAACGAGCUCAUUGACACACAAUUACGUGUAGCCUUCGAUGGAGAUGCUGUUCUGUUUUCAGACGAGUCUGAGAUUAUUGUGAAGGAACAUGGAUUGGACACCUUUUUUGAGCAUGAGAAAGAGUUCGAGAACAAGCCUCUCGCUCAGGGUCCACUGAAAUGCUUCCUGGAGGCACUGGGUAAACUUCAGCGCAAGUUCUAUGUGAAAAACCAGCGUAUUAACUGCCCAGUCCGCACUUACCUGGUCACAGCUCGAAGCGCUGCCAGUGCUGGAGUCCGUGUCCUGAAGACGUUACGGAGCUGGGGCUUGGAGGUAGAUGAGGCCCUCUUUUUGGCUGGCGCUCCUAAGGGACCUCUCCUUAAAAAGAUCAGGCCUCACAUCUUCUUUGAUGAUCAGAUGUUUCAUGUUGAGGGAGCCCAGGAGCUUGGGACCAUCGCCGCCCAUGUGCCUUAUGGGAUUGGACAAAAAUACCAUAAAGGAAAACGCAUAGACACAAGUGACGUGGAAAAAUAAGGAAAAGAUUUGAUGGCAAAAGUUUACAUCUCAUCUCUUUACAGUACAUACCUAAACAUUCAGUGUCAACUGUUUAUUUUAUCUCUAAAAUACCUCAAAUAUACCUAUAAAUUUACUUCUAUUAAUAAUUAAUUUGAGAUCCUAGAAAGUAUAAUUUAAUUUUACCUUUUAAGGGUAUUUUAAACCUUUACAGAUUGUUAAAUAUGUUUUCCUGGUUUGGUUUUAAUCCUAAACAUUAUCAUACAGUAUCAUGAACCCAUAAUAUGCACAAAAUCCACAUACCAAGUGGAUUACCCAGAUUGUGUACUGUACUAAUCCAUCGGAACUGUGAGGUUAUUAACUACAUACAGCCUUUGUUUUUAAGAAAAUGUGCAAUUAGAUAUUUUUAACCUGUUUAAUCAAGUUUGCUGUACAAUAUUUAUUUAAAUCUAUUAAUGAACUCAGGAAAAAUACAGUUUGGCUGUAUAUACUGUUUAAUUAUAUAGUUAUUAUAUAUAUUAUUAUUGUUAUAUAUAGUUAUUAUAUAUGGUUUUAUUGUAUAGUUUAAGACUUUCACUGCUCAAUGCACUUUUUUGUUUGUAGCAUGUGCACUGCUGAAUUUGUGACCCUUGUGUGGCCUACCAGACUUCCCCACAGACCUUGCAACAUGACCCCUAUGUAAAUGCUUUAAUAGCGAGGAAUGUAAAGAAUUACUUAGCAUGUGUUACUCCCAAGACAUUUUAGACAAAAAACUUUUUAUUUACCAUAUGGUGUGAAAUAUUGCUUCAGCAUUUUCACAUUUGUUUUGUCUGCAUAACUUUCAAAUGUCUUGCAAUAAACACUAGAUUGA